AAAAAUAUUGCAUUUAAUUGACCCGUCGCCCAAUAUCUCGAAUCGUCCGACAAGUAUCUUUUCGACCUCAUUACUUUUUUUUUCAGCACAUCCAAUUCUUAGACUUUAAAGCAGAAAUGGCAUACACACCAAGAGGAGGUGCUCGUGGCGGUGACCGUGGCGGCGACCGUGGCGGACGUGGAGGUUUCGGCGGGGGAAGAGGUGGUGACCGUGGUGGUCGCGGAGGCUUUGGAGGAAGAGGUGGUAGUAGAGGUUCGUAUUUUUAUACUUCCAUUGCGAUUUUAAUCUCAAUGGUUCAAUGCGCAUGCGCCAAUGCUUAUAUUUGACUUGCUAACUUUUUAAAAAGGUGGUGGAGACCGUGGAGGACGUGGAGGCGGCCGUGGUGGUGGAAGAGGAGCUCCUCGUGGAGGACGUGGUGCACCAAGAGGACGUGGAGGUGCUGGUGGAGCCAGAGGUGGUGCUAAGACAAUUGUCGUGAGUAUAUGAACUUCAAUCAAUGGCUUUGAAUUUGGGUUCUAAUAACUUGUUCUAGGAGCCCCAUCGUCAUGAAGGAAUUUUUGUCGCUCGUGGUAAGGAAGAUAUGUUGGUCACCAAGAACCUUAGCCCAGGUGAAUCUGUAUACGGCGAGAAGCGCAUCAGUGUCGAGAACGCCGGCCCAGCCAACGAAGAUGGUACCCCAAGCACCACCAAGGUCGAAUACCGUGUCUGGAAUCCUUUCAGAAGUAAGAUUGCCGCAGGUGUUCUCGGUGGUAUGGAUGAGAUUUUCAUCAAACCUGGUGCUAAGGUCCUUUACCUUGGUUCCGCUUCCGGAACUUCAGUUUCCCACGUUGCUGAUAUCGUUGGACCUACGGGAACUGUUUUUGCCGUCGAAUUUUCCCACAGAUCUGGCCGUGAUCUUAUCAACAUGGCUACCCACCGCACAAACGUCAUCCCAAUUAUUGAGGACGCUCGUCACCCACUUAAAUACAGAAUGUUGGUCUCCAUGGUCGACGUUAUCUUCGCUGAUGUUGCACAACCUGAUCAAGCCCGUAUUGUUGGUUUGAACGCCCAUUUGUUCUUGAAGGUUGGUGGUGGUAUCUUGGUUUCCAUCAAGGCAUCUUGUAUCGACUCUACGGCUGCACCCGAAGCUGUUUUCGCUAGAGAAGUUCAGAAGUUGAGGGAGGAGAGAAUCAAGCCUUUGGAACAAUUGACUUUAGGUGAGCUUUUCCUAGAAUCAAUCCGCUUAUUAUUGUUCUAGAAACUAACCAUAAUUACUAUAGAACCUUUCGAGAGAGAUCAUUGCAUGGUAUCUGGACGUUACGUUCGAUCCUUGUAAAUCUCCUAAUCAAUCUCUUCCCUCGUCUUUCUAUCACCACACUACUCGCACAUCAAGUCGCACUUCAGUAUAAACUCCAUUGAAGUUUACCUUUCGAAUAUUUGUAAAUCGAAAAUUCUGAAUAUCCGCUUCUUUGGCAUGCCUCAUCACAAAUUACUACGGAUUCUCUCUUGUUGGGUUAUGGAAGGGUUGUUUUAUUUCUCGUCUUUAGUACUUUUUCCUAUUAGGUGUACAUUCAGGUCCUGGCGUCCAGGUCGUCAUUCUUCAUCGCGUUUACUCAGUCAGUAGGUUGUUAAGAGAAUGAGAGUAAGAGGAGAAAAAUAAGAAAGUAAAAAUUUGCCUAAGAUCUUUUGUUCAGGUGUUGAUGU